GACCGUAACGUGAUCAACGUGUACAUAUUCACAGUGGUUAUAACGAUUGAAAAAUUCCUUACGGUGUGCUUCGUCCCGCAGGGAGUUCAAGAUCGAGCCGAACUUCGUCGCCCACAUGUUGGCUAUGUUUAUAUCGCCCACCGCUCCGUCUUAUUAAUCUGAAGUUGAAGUACGCCAUUUUCUGUUUGUCGUUCUUUUUUUCUCUCUCUCUCUCUCUCUCUCUCUCUCUACAGAAGUGCCGAUGCAAAGCCCUGGCUUGGGAGGAAUCCUGAGCCUCCUGUACGAUCAAGAUCAAGCAGCAGCAGCAGCAGCGUGUGGUGUGUUUGGCAGAGAGCACGCCUCCGACAAUCAAGACACGUUCCAAAUAACAAUUCCAACUAACAGGAAGACUACAUUUUGCUUGUGAAUAAUAGCUUCAGAUGUUCACUUGAGAUAAUUUUGUAUUACAAGAUGCUAAAACAGAAGAAAGUCUUAUUUGAUGACUCUGAGAAUGAAGAGGAUGGUGAGCUGCACAUCAACAAAGCAUAUGCCAACAAAUAUCAGGAAUGGAGACUUUCUGAGGAACUCCAAAAAUAUAAAGAUCGUUUUGGGGAUGAGGAUUCAACAUCAGAGAGCUCCUCAGAUGAAGAUUUUGCUGAGGCAGACAACCCUGAAUUUGACCGAGAGUUCUUGCGGACAAUGGGAGCACUGCAUAAGAAAACUGACCACAAGCUGGAGGGUGCAAAGUUCUUCACUGGCAAUUAUAGCAAGAAGAAGGAGAAAGAAAAAGAAGAGCAGGCCAUGACUGUCAAGGACUAUGAACGUUUAUUGAUAACGGAUCAUGGCGGAGAGCUGGAUGAAGAAGAGGAAGGUCCAAGAUUAAAGAAGGAUUUAGAAAAACUUCCAAAGAACACAAGAAUGAGUGGCUUUGAGGACGGUUUGAGUAGUGAUGAAGAUGACAGUGGGGAUGAACUACUCACCUCAGGGCUUUUUAAAGUCAAGGAGUCUGACAAGUCAUCAAAGGAGGAAAAGACACAGCCCAAGAACCAAGAGGAUGCACUAGCCUUUAUUAGAGGAGAAUGCUCAUCACUCAAAAAUGAGGAUGAUAGAGGCCUGCUGGAGAGCCUGAAAGAAGCAUGGAAUGAUCCCAAAAAGUCUGCAGAUGAAAAGUGGCUGAUUGACUUCUUUGUGAAUGAAAGGUACAAUGAAGAAGAUGAUGAUUCAAAAUUACGUCCUUACAAUGGUGUGGUGAUAGACGAAGAGUCAAUAUCAGAAGAUGAGAAAACACUGGAAGCCAUGGAAACGUUUGAAACAAAAUACCGAUUCAGAUUUGAAGAACCUGAUGAGGAGUUUAUCAAGAAGUACCCUCGUAUCAUCCCAGACUCCAUGCGAGCAAAGGAUGAGCGCAGAAAACAGAAGCGGGUUGCCUUGAAGGAGCGUAAGCAGAAAGAGAAGGAAGUGAAGCGGCAGGAAAUUGAGAGAUUGAAGGCAUUGAAAUAUAAGGAGAUUGAAGCCAAAAUUGACAAGAUUAAAGAGGCAUCAGGAAAUCAGGACAUAGAUUUGGGGGAGAAACUCUUCGAAGAAGAUUUUGACGAGGCACAACAUGAUCAAGUAAUGUCAGAAAUGUUUGGUGAAGACUAUUACGCAGUUGACGAUGGCAAUGAUGAGAAACCAGUGUUUGAUGAUGAAGAUAUUGAUGUUAUAAAAGACUAUGAUCACUGGUUAGAGAAGCAGGACACCAACACAUAUGAUGGUAAAGAAACUGAGGACUGGGAAGAGGAGGACCAUGGUGCUUAUUCUAUGGAUGAUGGCCAUAAUGAGAGGACUGAAGGUAGAAGGUCUCUGCAGCAACAAAUGAUUGAGGCAUCUUCAAAAAAGAAGAGUAGAAGGAAGUCCAAGUUUGCUAAAGCCAUAAAGCAAAAGAAGCCUGUGUUUGAUCCUAAGGAAAAGACUUUUGAGUCUUACUUUGAUGAAUAUUACCAGCUGGACUUUGAAGAUAUCAUAAGUGGCAUGCCUUGCAGAUUCAAGUACCGGAAAGUGGAGCCUAACAGCUUUGGGCUCUCAACAGAAGAGAUUUUGUCAGCCCAAGAUAGAGAGCUGAAUAAGUGGAUUUCGUUAAAAAAAUUAUUGCGGUACCAGAGGGAUGAAAAGGAAGAAUCAAGGGACAAAAAAAUUUACCAACACCGUUCAUCACUGCCUCACGUCAAGCAGAAGAUCCUUCCCAGCCUGUUUGUUGAAGAUCCAGUACACCACCACAUCUCUGAAGAAGAGAAGAAACGAUUAAAAAAUCUCAAGAAAAAGUUGCGAAGACAACAGAAACUUUUGGGUAGUAUGGAGGAAAAUCCUGACUCCAAUCCAACAGUGAACCCUGUACAGUCUGAUUGCAAACAGAAUGAAAGUGGUGCUACCACAGAAUAUGACCCACAAUGUGAUGAAGGACAUCCCAAGAAAGCUAAGAAGAGGAAGGACAAAAAUUCCACCCUAGAUGCUGAUGAAGAUAACUGCAUAUCUGUAGAUGAAACCAUAAAGCAACCAAAAAAGAAAAAGAAAAAGCACACAGGAAAUGAAUCCCAAGACAAGCCAAGUGUUGAAAUAAAUCCCUCAGGACACAGAGAGAUUAAUACCACAGAGGAGCUUCAGCCCAGCAACAGCACUAAAGAGCAAGACAAAACUGUAAUGGAAACCCAGAACAAAUUCAAUUCUGGAGCCUCAGACACAGCAGCAAGCCCUCAGAAAAGAAAAAAGAAAAAGAAAAGGACCACAGAAUCUACUGCAGACAUGACACAAGAAACAAAAAUGAAAAAAUCAGCAACUAGGGAUAACUCCUUUUUCCUGGGUAUAAGUGACAAUAGAUUGGCAGCAUACGGAGAAAACCCUAAGAAAAUAAAAAACAAAGUUAAAUAUAGGAAACAGGAAUUUUGAUAAAAUGCAUAAUGCAGUUUAGAUUACAAAGUCAGUGCUUAACCCGCGCAGUGCCACCACCAUAAAUUUACAGCAUCUAGCUUACCCGCGCUCAGUGCCAUCGCCAUAUAUAUACGGCGGCAAUCUAAAAAAAAUUCUAGUAUAUUUAUUUGUCUAAAUAACUUUAUAAAAAAACACACUAAGUAUACUCCAAUCUCCACCCUACGCACUGAAUGUGUUAGUUUGUUGGUAUGCUCCUUGAGUGGCCCCCAGGCGGCACGCAGCGCGGCAAUCAGGUCAGACUCGUGAGAGCUUGUACAACCACCGGAGGAAGCAGUCAUGGCGCGCCGCCGUGGGUUGUGUGAUGAGAUUAUCUCUGCUUUACUUUCUUCUAGUAGUGAUGAAAUGUUAUCAGACAUGUCUGAUGAUGAUUCUGUACAUGACAAAGACUAUGUACAGCUGAGUGAAAAUGUAAAAAUGUACAAAGCACUAAUAUCAUACGAGUAGCCUACCUAUGCAUAGGCUAUGCUUAUUGAUAGUGUUGAUAUAUGUAAUAUAUAAACAAAUAAUCCAUUACCGAGGUGACAUAACAUAAUUUACGAAUACUGGUGUUGAUCAAAAACGGAUAGCACCGAGCACACUACGAGUAUCAGCAUCACACCAUAUGCGCACCAACAUCAGACAACUUCUCAGGUGAUUUUUUUUCUUUUUUUUUACUUUCUAAGACAACUUUUUCUCGUGUUUUCAUUAUUUUACAUGGUUUAGGAUUUUUUGAAAGCAUAAAAAAAAUAUGCAAAAUUGGCUGGCAGCACAGGUUGGUUUAGGAUAAAAGUGGCCGGCAGCACGCGGGUUAAACCAUGGAACGAAGCAGAUCCCUUCCCCUGCCCUAUUGUUUUGUUUAUAAUAGGCAUGUUGAAUUAAUAUUUCAGAACUGGAACCCUAUGUACAGAAAGCCCUACUGGGCUUAUUGUAGACUGUUUCUGUAAAAAACUUGGGACUGUUUUAAAUAUUGCUGUGAAUAAUGUAAGUGCAAAAUUUUUAUCUAGAAAGAUAAAUAUUUAUUAGA